GUCGAUAUAACGAUGGCGUCUCAACCAAUAGUUGUCAUCUACUGGCCUGGAGUUGGGCCGUUCAACUCGAAAAUAGAAAACCACCUCGCAGACAACUCGGCACAUUUUUUUGUUUGUUUCAACGCCUAGCUGCGAAUCGUUCACGUGUAGGUCCGGUGCAUUGUUCUUCGUUUUUUUUACACGUCAGAUAUGGCUUAAUGAACACCGUCUGCUCUACACCCUUCGCAACCUUAUUCGGUCCUACACCAAGUAGAAUUAUGGGCGAAUGACGCAGUGGAUGCUGACAGGAUGUGGAGAUUCUGUAUCGGAUUCUUAUGGAUAUUAAUACAGGCAUCGAACUGUGUUAGAGAUGUCUCGGAUGUAUCGCUUAAUAAUACUUCGAAAGCAUCCAGUGAGAAUAUACAAAAGAGAUCUCAUCUCAGGAAUUGCUGCAGUCCGUCUUUGAAAGAACAACCAUCUGUGACUCGUUCACAUUUGGUCUUAGUGCCAAAAGAAAAACUAUAUACUAGUGCUCAAGUUAAUCGCAACAAAGCGGGAUUUACUAUCGGUGAAGAAGAUCUUAGGGAAGAUGAAGAUAAUAGAGUGCGAAGCACGAGAUCCAGCUCGAUCGUAGAUCGCGAUUUAGCUUAUUUGAAAGACGUUAUCACACAGACGACUCCUUUUCUUUCUCCAUCAGUUUUUACUGAUGAGCCCGAAAGAUAUUUCAAAUCACGGAGUGAUCCAUUCAAAUCUACUUCGACAUGGUUGAAGAGGGUGGCAAGAAGUGAUAGCCGCGAAAAUCUACCAUUUUUCAGUUCGGUUUUAUCCUCUUUAAAUAACUCCCUCCUAAUGGAGGAACUGGAAAAUAUUAUGCCAUUGGCAUCACCAAAAAAGAAAGAAAGAGCUUUAAACGCUUUCCACCGAGCCAGAGAAGAAAAAUCUGACAAUCCUUCUAUCGAAGACAUCAUCAGUGAUAUUAUUCAUCUUUUGGGUGGUAAUGUGAAGCCUUCUCAACCAUCCACGCGACCAUUUCAUUCGCGUAUUAACGACAGGGGUCCACCGAAAUUUGAUUUUCAAGAGGCACCCUCGGGGUUAGCUUCUACUAAUAAUGUAUUUCCCAAUGCCCAAGACGUGAGCCAAAUAUUAGGACUUUUAACAACCGAGCCUUCUUCGCUAUCACCAUCUUUCGCAUCUACAAUAGAAAUCACGAGUACACCGGUAGCAUCUCCUUCCACGUCAUCUUCUAUUUAUAUAUCUACAUCAUUUAUGACUUCCUUCACAGAUUCGAUUUUUGUAACGAAAACGGCGGAUAUAAUUAGUUCUAGUCUUGUCUCGUCUACAGAUUGGUUACCGUUGAAGGAACUACCAAACGGAACCACUCACUCAAAUUCCAUCACGGAAGAACCAGUAAUUAUCACUGCACCUAUAGCACCUUCCACUUUCGAGCUCACGGUCACUAACGUUAUAGGAACUCAAAUAACGCCUCAGAACACGACUUCAUCGACAAAAACGCGCUCGAAACCAACGACGGACACUAAUAUCGUUUGGGGCAAAGUGUCCGAUGUCACGCAACAUCCAGCCAUUCAGGCAGACGUCGGAAACAAACACCACCUGAUAGAUCCAAGACCUCCAGCUAGAAGAAACAGCACGGCAGACGUGAUACCAAUAGAUAUCGAUAAAGUACGCCCGUUAGGUAAACCUUCCAGAGGAUCCAGUCACACGCAUCUACGUCCAGAGACUCAACAGAACGGAGAUAAUUUAAAACCUAUAAAACCACCCGAACGACCCUCCAGAAAACCUUACAGCCCAACACAGAUACCAAUAGUCAGGAUAGACACCUGUAUAGUGGGAGACGAUACGACGUGCAAUGUGGAGAAGAAUGAGAGAUGUGUUACCGAAUACGGUGUAAGCUCCUGUUACUGCAAACCCGGUUAUGGAAGAACUUUACAGCGUGGACCAUGCCUCCCCGUUCUGAAGCUUCUAUUCUCCUUUAAUGUUGAUCGUUUGGGAGACAGGAAAUUGCACUAUACUUCGAGUUAUUCGAAAACAGAGACCGAAGAGUAUAAAAUUAUGGAAUACGAAGCAAACCAAGCUGUUUCGACGUUGUUUGCAUACACUACGUUCGCUGGAGUUUUUGUUGGUGCUUCAGUAAACAAUUUAUACAACUCCGAAGGGAAAAUUGCAGUAAAUGCUACAAUGCAACUAGACGAUCUGUCUCUUACUCAUUCCAGAGUAUCUUUAGCUGUUCAGUUACAAAGAGAAUUGGGAAAUGCAAUCAUCAAUAGAAGAAACAGAGUCGGAGACAGCAAACUGUACGCAGAGCGUCCUCUGACUACCAGUUCUUUAUUAAAUAUACAAGAUAUCAAUGAGUGCAUCAGACCGGAACUGAACGAUUGCUCACCCCAUGGGACUUGCUACAACAGUUUCGGAACCUUCGGUUGCAUCUGUUUAUCAGGUUACACUGAUAAAUAUCCCGAUGACGAAAGAAUGAGUGGUAGAGUCUGCACUGCCUGUUCUCCCGAUUAUUGCAACAAACAUGGAGAAUGUAUUAUUAAUGACGGAAAGAGAGAAUGCAGAUGCCACGGUAAUUACAUAGGCUCGAGAUGCGAAACGGACGGAGAAGUAUUGGGAGUCGCUUUAGGUGUAUCUUUAGCAGCUGUAAUUGUUAUAAUCUUGACUGUUAUAUGCCUUUGUCUCUGGAGUCGACGAUGGAAACGAGAACAGAAAAAAUGCAAAUCAGAAAGCGACCAGGAAUUAUGCAGCUAUAUGACUAAUUCCAGGAAUGGAUACAGAUUAACAAACAUGGUCGAUCACGUCAGGUGGGCACAUACUGGCGAAACUGCAGCGAAUACUUUUAUGUCUACUACUAAUGCAAAUACCUCUUCGCCUACUGAAGUACCCAUGAAUCAGUCGCGAAGUAACACUAUAAAAGAAGAAGAAAGUAACGGUAACAUGUAUAAUAGAUUAGGAAGACAAAGGCCGAGAAUGACAAGAAACGAAAUGGUUCAGUCGGCUAAUCUGUAUCAAGAUGUCGCAAGUCCCGUUUGGGAGACUCCUUAUUGUUCCAAUCACUUAACAAGUAAUCCUUAUUCAGCAGAUGUACUGAAACCGUAUUUCAACUAAAAUAAAUACGUAUACGUGGUACAGUACAUGCGGUAUUUAUAGUUAUCUACCGCGUUAUUUUAUGAUAAAGAAAGCUCAGAUUUGAAUGCCUGAAUGCUUUUUAAUUUGCAUUGAGUUUUCGAACUGAAAAAUAAUGGCCGGAAGCGAAAAAAAAAAUAAUAAUAAUGAAUAUUUUUAAAAAUGUUUUAAUUACUUUUAAUGUGUCCAUGCACAAUGUCCGAUGGGAAAAAGUUAUUGUUAAAGGUGAAUAUGUUUUAAAAAAUGUUAUGCAUUCUUCAAAAAGUUCUAUUUAAUAAUUUGAAUCGGAAUUUUAAAAAUCUUUAUUAAAAUACUCGAGAUGAUUUAACCUCGAUGUGCACAUCCCAUUCACCUAUUAUAAGGGGUUGCGUGGUGAAAUAUGCAUCGUUAUGGGAAUGGGUAACCAUAAGUUGCAGUUAUAAAGAUUCAGCAUGUCCCAUAAAAUCUAUCAAUAUUAAUUUCAGGGCUGCAUUUUACCCAACACAAAAUCAAGUUUCUUGUUGUGAUGGAAUAUAUAAAAAUUCAGAAACUAUACUAAACUAAAUUUAUUAAAUACGUUAUAUAUAAAAAUAUACUAAAAAAAUCUUUUAUAAUCAAUAUUUUAAUACUUUUAAUUAAAGAAUUCUUUCUAAAAAAAAAUAUAUAUAUAUAUAUAAAAAGAAUUCCUGGAAGCGUGAAACAUGAUGGAUAUGAUAGAGCUAAGCAUCUUUUAUAGAAUAUUUCUCUUGAUCUCCAUUAUUGCUAUGAUACUAUAGGUAGAAUCCAGUGAAGAAUAGAUAAAAUUAGCGCUUGUAUUUCGUAUUGUAAUAUGGUUUUAAAACUAUCCUAGGAUAUAGUCAUAGUUUAUGAUAUACUGAAUCAUUCUGUGCCCUAUCAUUUACCUAUUUCCUUGGCUAGCAUGUAGAAUCAAAGCCUGAAUGUGUGCAUUGACAUCCAUCCAAAAUAUAAAAAGAUUUGUUGAGGAUGUCUUGAGGAAAAAAAACAAA